CAACCAGAAACAAGCCGAAUUUAACACAGAUUAUAUUCUAGCACUGGUACAGAAAUUGCCAGCUGUGACCGCAAUUUUAAUCCCCGCUAAUUAUACAACGGGGCGGUAGUGGAAGAAAUAUUUGGAGCUGAUUUAUCGCCACAAAAAGUAUGAUUGUGGUUGACUCUGAGCUGAAUCAAAUAAAUCUGUAGCAGAAUUUCGAAGUACAGCCGUAGUCUGUUUGGCUCUUACCAAACAUAUAUAAUUAUAGUAGCAACUGGGUUUCUUCUACAUUCAGACGGUUUAUAACACAGCGGCCGGACCGAAGACUUGGUUCUUCACGAGGUGCUUUCCUGCUGCCGUUCUGAAGGACGAGGUUCUGUGCUGAAGUAUGUCCCAUGGACGUUGGAUGGAUCAGCAGGGAAAGACCCAGAUGGAACCCUUGUACGCCACUUUCUGAGACGCAGCAGAUUAAACACUGCCACUUUUCCUUCAUCAUUUGCCCUUGAAAUGAGGAUGGUGAAGACGUCUCCCAGAUGAUUAACCACAUGGUCAUCUGAGACACCCAUAGACCUCCUGAAGACAGUGAUGGCUCUGGCGUGAUGUAGGAGCUGGUAGCCUACAACCAUCACUCAUUUGCCAUGGUUUUGUACACAUCUCCUUUUCCAAAUUCCUUCCUACAGACCCUUCACUCCCUGUCCUGGGGGCUCAUAUUUCCCUGCUACUGGUUCGCCGACCGAUUGUUGGUGUCCUUUUUGCCCACCACCUACGAGAAGCAUCAAAGGGGAGAUGAUCCAUGCUACCUAAGGGCACUCUGCCUUACCAUUGUCACCCCCAUCUGCCUGGCCUUGCUGCUCGCCUCCCUGCCAUUCGCUCUGGUCGGCUUCGUCAUCUGGGUCCCUCUCCAGUCUGCCCGCAGGCCCUACAUCUACUCCAGAUUUGAGAACGGCUCCGACAGCGGUGGGGGCAUGGGGCCAGGCAGCUGGAAGGCUCUGGGCAGCAGAAGCUUCUGUUUCGCCACGGCCAAUGUCUGCUUUCUGCCUGAUUCCCUGGCCCGGUUAAACAACCUCUCCAACACCCAGCUGAGGUCCUGCGAGGUGGGCAAGAGGAUCCGCAACGGUGCCAGUCGGCCCCAGAUUAAGAUCUACAUCGACUCCCCGACCAACACGUCCAUCAGUGCUGCAAGCUGGAGCAGCCUGGCCUGCCCUCAGCCCGGCGAGAACAGCCGGCCAAGUAGCGCCAGCAUCAAGCGGACUUCCUCCAUGGAUUACAAAGGGGACAACUUCAUUGGAAACUGCAGCGAGGAUGGCAAGGACUACAAGCUGAGCUGGGAGCAGAGUGAUGGAGACAGUAAGUCCUGCAUCGUCCUCAUCUGCAGCGAGGAGGCGGCUCCCUUGCCCGGCACGGAGGUGGACGUCUGCACUGUACAGGUGACAGUAACUGAGCCCGCGGGGCAGCAGGGCGAGGCUGAACUUGAGAACCAGAAUGACCAGACACAGAACCACCAGCAGAGAGAAGGGGACAGGAAUAGCCUGGACAGCAACACCGCUUCCAGGGAAUCCCUGAUCAAAUUCAGGAUCACUGACGGGAGCACGGAGAGCGGUGCCGCCCCCAACAACAAGUUUGUCCACAAGCCCUCCGUCAUGAAGAAGUCCUCUCUGAAGAAGAAGAGGCAUCAGGGCGAGACAUUUGACCACGAGCUCUCAGCUUUCUUCCCCGCCAACCUGGACUUUCUCUGCCUGCAGGAGGUCUUCGAUAAGCGAGCGGCGGCGAAGUUGAAAGCGCAGCUGAACCCGUACUUCCAGUACGUGUUGUACGACGUGGGGAGCUAUGCCUGGCAAAGCUGCUGCAGUUUCAAGUUUUUAAACAGCGGCCUCUUUUUUGCAAGCCGUUACCCGAUUUUGGAUGUUGAAUUUCAGUGCUAUCCCAAUGGGAAAGGAUCGGACUCGCUGGCAGCCAAGGGAGCCCUGUUUGUGAAGGUGCACGUUGGAAACACCGCUCAGGACCAAAGAAUUGUGGGAUAUGUUUCCUGCACGCACCUGCAAGCUCUGUCAGGAGAUACUGCCAUUCGCUGUGAACAGAUGGACCACCUGCUGAACUGGCUGGCCGAGUUCCGAAAAUCUACCUCUUCACCCAGCACGGAAGAGCUGCUGGCGUUCGAUGUCCUGUGUGGGGAUCUCAACUUUGAUAACUGCUCCUUGGAGGACAAGUUGGAACAGCAGCAUUCUCUCUUCACCCAGUACAAGGAUCCCUGCCGCCUGAGCCCUGGAGAGGAACAGCCUUGGGCGAUUGGUACACUGAUGGACCCAGAAGGACUCUAUGAUGAAGACACCAUCACACCGGAUAAUCUGCAGAAGGUGCUGGAGAGCGAAGAGGGUCGCAGGGAAUACCUGGUGUUCUCCCACUGCAAGAACCAGCUGUCCUCUCAGAGAGGGAGGAAAGGGCCACUGAAAGGCUGCGGGCGGAGGAUCGACUAUGCUCUGUACUCUGAGGAAGGCCUGAACCCUGACUGGAAAGUGGAGGUGGAGGAGUUCAGCUUUGUCACCCAGCUGGCUGGCCUGACCGAUCACCUGGCUGUGGCCAUGCGUCUCUCAGUGUCCAUCAGAGAUGAGGACCCUUGACUUCCAGAGGAAGAAGAAACCAUUGGAGAAGGUGGUAUCUUUGUGGGAAUGAGACCCCUCAUUUUCUGGCUCACAGAUAAAGAAGACAUCCAAGCUGACUAGGCCUGAGGCAUCCUACUUGAUUUGUCUAUAGAAAUGAUUAGAAGGUGGCCUAGAGGGCAACAAUCAAUGUUGGUUAUUUCCGUGCUCUACGGCAGAGGGCAGAGGCCUUCUUGUGGACUCCCGGAAGAGUGGAAACUGAAGCUGACGUGGAUAUUUCACACUGCCUUGGACUGGUGCCACUCUUGAGGUGUCCCCUCUCCUUUUUAUGAACUGCCUAGCACAACUUUAGAUUUUGACAAGUCCAUGAGUCGUUGAUGUGGUUUUUUUCUGCAGAACCCUUUGUACAACUUUUAAUGAAUCUGACGAUUUUUGUUUGCCUUUCAAUGCGUUUGGCAGUGACAUCUUCGGUGUUAGUGCGUGUCCUGUUCCCAACAUUGUGUUAGUGCAUGUCCCAUCGUUGAAAGAGUGUGUGUGUGUGUGAGAGUGAGAGUGAGAGUGAGAGUGAGAGUGAGAGUGAGAGUGAGAGUGAGAGUGAGAGCGAGAGAGAGAGAGACAGAGACAGACACCAACAGCAGACAGGGAUACGCAGUUAGUUGCUGAGCUACAGCCCUGGGCAUAUUCUGCUGCUCCCACCACAGCCUUGUUGACAAGCCAACGUGGGCCCUGCAAAGGGAAGGUUAACGUGUCCCAUCAUCUCCACCUACACGUUGUGUUUCUGCACACUUUGUGGAGGGCUAAGUUGCUGACCGAGCUGAAGAAGAACCACUAUCCCUUUGGAUCUGGUGCAGAAAGUUGCUUUGUGAUCACCAGCAUCAGUUCUGAGUCACAGCUCAGAGGAAAGGACCCAACCAGCUUGUCAGUUCUGCCAGGAAUAAAUCUGUGGCAGCCUUUUAUUUGCAGGCAUUUGUUGAGGGAUCUUCGAAUGACACUGGUCACCCGUCACCCACCCCACCCGACUUAUGCAUCAGAUGAAGCCAAGGGCUACAUCUGAUGGUAACUAUCGCACUGUGAGCACUGGAGAGUCUGUCAGAGGAAUGUGAGUGGUUUUCCCCGGUGGGAGAGUCACAGACAAAGAGGUAGAGCUGUAAAAUAAGAGGCUUAUCAUUUAAAACUGAGGUGCAUAACUUCCUUCAGUGGGCAGUGAAUCACUGGAAUUCUCUGCACUGGGGGAGGUGGAAGCCGGAUUAUUUGAUUAAGGUGGGAACAGAUAAGUAUUUGGAAGAUCAAGAAACUGAGGGUGAUGGGGAACUAGCACAGAGAAGGAGCUGAGGCCAGCAUGGGUCAGCGAUGGCCAUAUUGAAUGGUGGGGCAGGCUUGAGGGACCUGGUAGCCCACUGCUACUGCCAGAUGACUAUUUCAAUCAAUGGUGCCAACCACACAAAGUGUAGGAGAGAGGGAAAGCACUGUGGACCCUGUCUGGAGAAGGCUUAGUUAACCCAGGUAUUGUGACCUCCUCCUGUGGCCAAGGGCAAGGUUUUGUAGACUUACAUUGCUUAACAGGUCAGGCACAAACCAGAUAACCAAUGAGAGGAAGGGGAGGGUUGGAAUUGUGACCAUGGCACAAACACUAAUGGGAUUUGCACUAUUGCAGGAUUGUUACAGGGGGAGGGGAGGAGGAAACUGAAGACCACGUCCAUAAGAUGCAAGAGCAGAAUGAGGCCAUUCAACCCAUCAAUCCUGCUCUGCCAUUCCAUCAUGGCUUAUUUAUUAUCCCCCUCAACCACGUUCAUCUGCCUUCUCCCCGUUGCCUUUGAUGCCCUGACUAAUCAAGAACCUAUCAACCUCUGCUUUAAAUAUGCCCAAAGACUUGGACUUCACAGCCAUCUGCUGCAAUGAAUUCCACAGAUUCACCACCCUCUGGCUAAAAAAAAUCCUUCUCAUCUUUAUUCUAAAUAGAACAUAGAACAUAGAUUAGUACAGCACAGUACAGGCCCUACGGCCCACAAUGUUGUGCCGACCUUCAAACCCUGCCUUUCAUAUCAGCCCCCAACUUAAAUUCCUCCAUAUAGCUGUCCGGCAGUCUCUUAAACUUCACUAGUGUAUCUGCCUCCACCACUGACGCAGGUACCAACCACUCUCUGAGUAAAAAACCUUCCUCUAAUAUCCCCCUUGAACUUCCCUCCCCUUACCUUAAAGCCAUGUCCUCUUGUAUUGAGCAGUGGUGCCCUGGGGAAGAGGCACUGGCUAUCCACUCUAUCUAUUCCUCUUAAUAUCUUCUAUACCUCUAUCAUGUCUCCUCUCCAAAGAGUAAAGCCCUAGCUCCCUUAAUCUCUGAUCAUAAUGCAUACUCUCUACACCAGGCAUCAUCCUGGUAAAUCUCCUCUGUACCCUUUCCAAUGCUUCCACAUCCUUCCUAUAGUGAGGCCACCAGAACUGGACACAGUACUCCAAGUGUGGCCUAACCAGAGUUUUAUAAAGCUGCAUCAUUACAUCGCGACUC